CGCCGAAGCCAUUUUAUUAUCAAAACAGUAAAAUAAAGUGCAGCAGGUGCAUCGCUUUCUCUCCGUCGCAUAGAGACAAGAGUGAUUUAUUGUAUUCAUUCCUUUAUAUUUAUAUUCCUAUCGAGCAAAGGAUGGGACAGUGCGGGAUUACGUCAUCGAAAACCGUCCUGGUUUUCCUCAAUCUCAUAUUUUGGGCGGCGGCAGGCAUUUUAUGCUACAUCGGCGCCUACGUGUUCAUCACCUACGACGACUACGACCACUUCUUUGAAGAUGUGUACACUCUGAUCCCGGCAAUCGUCAUCAUCGCCGUGGGCACUCUCCUCUUUGUCAUCGGUCUGAUCGGCUGCUGUGCCACCAUACGCGAGAGCUCCUGCGGCCUGGCCACCUUUGCUGCCAUCUUGCUGCUGGUGUUUGUGACAGAGUGUGUGGUGGUGGUGCUCGGCUACAUCUAUAGAGCAAAAGUGGAAGACGAGGUGAACCACUCCAUCCAGAAGGUAUACAACGAGUAUAACGGCACCAACACGGACGCUCCUAGUCGUGCCAUCGACUAUGUGCAGAGACAGCUUCACUGCUGCGGUAUCCACAACUACUCGGACUGGAGGAACACUCGCUGGUUCAAAGAGUCGAAAAACAACAGCGUCCCUGUCAGCUGCUGCCAACCCAACAUCAGCAACUGUACCGGCACUCUCACCCGGCCGGCGGACCUCUACCAAGAGGGUUGUGAAGCUCUGGUUGUGAAGAAGUUGAAGGAGAUCAUGAUGUAUGUCAUUUGGGCUGCGCUAACUUUUGCAUCCAUACAGAUGCUGGGCAUGCUGUGCGCUUGCGUGGUGCUCUGCAGGCGUAGUCACGACCCGGCGUACGAGCUGCUGGUCACCACCAACAGCUACGCUUGAGGGCCUCGCAUCGGAAGACAAGCGUCACCACGUCCUGGUAGAUUUCAAACUGUAGUUCUAUAUUUAAGCUGAGAUAUAUACGCUCAAGCACACAUUGCACAAUCCAAUAAAGUAGCAGACACUGGCGACGUGGUCCCCGGGGAACAUGAGGAACCACCUAUUUAUUCUUAUUAUUGACAUGCUUUGUAAGCUCUUAUGUUAUUUCCUUGACAGUGACAAGCUAUAAAUAGCCAGCGUAUAUUUAGCUAUCGGCAUUUGUUUUUUCAGAAUAAAAAUGAGCUCAUUCAGUCAGAAUGACUUAAAAAAAUAAAUUAAAAAAAACUGGAAAAAGCAGCCGCUUAUAUGUCAAGUCAUGGUUGAAUAUUUGUGGGGCAAAUGUGCACUUUUGCAAAUGAUGGUAGUAUGUGUGACAUUAAAUGGAUUUUUUUUUUUUUUUAACCUUAAUUUCAACCUUAAUUUAGAGCUUUUACUGUUUUCUGCCAAUGAUAAUGAAUUCAAUGUAGGAUGAAAAUUGCCCAUUCUCCUAACCACUGUUAAUUUUGUACAAAACACUCCUAAAUUGUGUGAGAGGUGGCUAUGUUUUUUUUUUUUUUUUUAAUCCUAUCCUAGUCAUCUAAAUCUAGCAAAUGUUGUGUUCUCGUAAAGGGUUUAUUGAAGGUCCAAACGUUCGCCAAAUAUUCUCCAGACAUUCGUCUAUACAAAAAACCCCAAAAAUAAACAGGGCAGGAUGAUGUUUUUUUUUCCCUGAAAAAGUUUGAUUUAGCAGUGAAGCAGAUACUUUAUAUUUCCUGUUUAGUUCUCAUGCUGUGUAUAUUUAGUUCUGAAUCCGCUUCACUGUUGAAGCACUGUGAAUAUAUAAAGUGUGAGCCAGUUUGAUUGACAGUGUUGUGAGUGUAGAAUAAGUAUUAAGCGUUCCCUUGUUUCACCUUUUUUUCAUUUGUUAGUAGGAAUGACUUCUUUUCGAUAUAGUUAUUUUCCUGUGAAAUUUUGCGAUGUUUUCAUUGACUUGGAGCUGUUAUGUGAAACCCAAAAUAUUUUGCUGGAGUUGUAAAAAAAGGGUAACAAAUUGUGAGGAGCUUUGAAGAGGAAACAAAUAAAGUCAUACAUUUCAAUUUGA